AAAAGUGAAAACAAAUUUAGCUCAAUAAACAGCUAAAACUGAAUUUAAAUUUAUUUAAUUGAAAAGUGGAUAAAUUAAAUAUAGACUGGUUUUAUUGUCGUACCUGAAUAUAUUCCAUGAAAAAAAUAGAAUUUGAAUUUAAAGAAAUGUUAAAUUAUCAAUUAAAUUUUUAAAAUUAAAAAUGCAAAAUUUGCCAAAAACUCCAAAGAAACGUCCAGAGGAGAGCACCUAUAAGACUCCCAUACGGAAAAGUUCAAUUGAUCGGCCGUUAACGCCAAGCUUAAAAGCAUUGGAAAACUUAGCAAUCGAAACACCUGAUAAGCCGUCUGUGAAUCGCAGGAGAUCAAUGAGAAAUAUAUCACCCCCGAAACGAUAUAGUGAAAAUGAAUAUGAAAUCAGAAGCAGUGCCAGAAAAAGACGUACCAUAAAUUAUUGCGAAACGAAUAAUUUAGACGAUGAUAUAGAAAAAGUUGAGAAUGAGUUUGUGUUUCUUGAACUUAAUGAAAAUAAAGAAGUUGAACUAUUCGAUGAAGAUGUUGAUGUUGCUGGUAGGAAUAUUUACGGGUUUGUUACGCCUAAGAAAAAAGAUGGGCUGCAAAAAAUUGUUAAGAAUACACCUAAAACACCAAAAACGCCUAAGACCCCCAGAACACCAAAAACUCCCGGCACAUCGAAAGUAACAGAUACAAAACGUCCCCGAAGAAUAGAUCUAUUAACUAAAACACCUUGCCGUGUUCGAAAUAAAAUGAAAAAAGAAAUUGCCAAAAAACUUCAAGAAUCUUCAGAUGAUGAUGACUUUUCUGCUGAUGAAAGUGAGUACACUCCCUCGGAAGAGGAAGAUAGUGGUUCAAGUGAGGAAAAUCAGAAUAACAGCUCAUCUGAUGAAGACAACGCUAUUAACCAGGAAGUAAAACACACCAAAACCGUACAAGGAAAUUUUAAUCACGGAUCAUCUAUAUUUCCAAAAACACCAAGUAGUCGAAGAUCAAACCGACUUUUAGCUAAAGAAUAUGUACCGAAAGCAGAAGAAUAUUUUACGGCUCAUGCUAGUAAAAAAAUUACUACCUCAAAUCAUACUUUAGAUAGACUUAAGAAUCCUAAAUUACCUGCCGAUCAGCUUUUCAGCAUCUUAAAAUCAAUUGAAACAUCAGCACCACACGAAAAAGCAAUUUCAAAUCUUCUAAAAGAAUAUCAAAACAAUUUCACAAAAUGGUUAAUUAUGUUGUCAGAAGGAUUUAAUAUAAUUUGUUACGGGCUUGGUUCUAAAAGGAAAUUGCUUAAUUGUUUUCAUAAACAAAUGCUUGCUGAAGAAGAUGUUGUUGUGAUUAAUGGUUUUUUUCCAAGUUUAACAUUAAAAGAUAUUUUAGAUGGAAUAGUAACCGAUAUUUUAGACAUAUCAAAUUCCCCUACUAAUCCACAUGAAGCUGUAGAUUUAAUAGAAGAACAAUAUUCUCAUUUGACAAAAAAGAGUUUGUUUUUGAUUGUUCAUAACAUCGAUGGGCCAAUGUUGAGAAAUUGUAAAGCACAAGAAAUUUUAAGUCGUCUUGCAAAAAUAUCCAAUAUUCAUUUAAUAGCAUCCAUUGACCAUAUCAAUGCACCUUUACUUUGGGAUAGUGCAAAGCUAAGUAAUUAUAACUUUUUAUGGUGGGAUACAACAACUAUGUUACCAUACACAGAUGAAACAGCUUUCGAGAAUUCCCUAAUGAUACAAAAUUCGGAUGAACUGGCUUUGUCGUCUAUGCGCAGUGUAUUUUUAUCCUUAACUACUAAUUCACGUGGUAUAUAUAUGUUAAUAGUAAAACAUCAAUUAAAACAUGGCAAAACCGCUAAUUAUCAAGGGAUGUCUUUUAAGGAUUUGUAUCAUGCUUGUCGAGAUGCAUUUUUGGUGAGUUCUGAUUUAGCAUUAAGAGCUCAAUUGACUGAAUUUUUAGAUCAUAAAUUGGUUCGUAGCAAGCGAAACGUAGAUGGUACUGAGUUUCUUUUAAUACCAAUCAACGCUGAAUUAUUACAACAGCUUGUUAGUGAACAGGAAACAAUUGAUUAAAGAAUACAAAGCUUGUAAAAUUUUUUUAUAAUUUUACAAUUAUUAAUGAUAAUUAAUAUAAGAAAGUUUUAAUUUAAAAUUCUUA